GUUUUGCAACACCAGCCUGAUAGUUGGUGGUUCCUUCGUCUUUGAGUUGCAUUUUUCUUGUAAAACAUGGCCAACGUCGACCUUGCUCGGGUCGGGAAGAAUUUGUUGAAGAGCGCGGACACCGGAGAUUGUGUGGAGCUGCAGUCUUUGUGGCAGGACAGCUCGGUGGUCAUGUUCUUCCUGCGCCGCUUCGGCUGCCAAGUGUGCCGCUGGAUGGCAGCUGAGAUCAGCAAGCUGGAGCCUGACCUGUGUGCCAACGGCGUGACACUCGUGGGAAUCGGGCCCGAGGAAUUUGGCCUCAAGGAGUUCCAGAAGUUGGGAUUCUUCAAAGGAUCAAUUUACGUUGACGAGCAAAAGAAAUGCUACAGGGAUUUGGGCUUUAAAAGGUACACAGCUUUGAGCGUGGUUCCCGCUGCGUUGGGGAAGAAAGUCCGAGAAGUAUCUUCAAAGGCCAGUGCUGAUGGCAUCCAGGGCAACUUUUCUGGCGACGUGCUCCAGAGUGGAGGCAUGCUCAUCGUAGCCAAAGGGGGAGAAAAGACCUUACUGCACUUCAUCCAGGACUCCCCAGGAGACUAUGUACCUUUGGAGGACAUUGCAAAAGCGUUGUCAAUUUCAUCCCACGCGAAAGAGGGCCAGAGGCCAGUGGAUUGACAUCCUCUGCAGCGGUCCGUGAUAGUCCUCUGUGGAAAAGGGAGGCAUCUUGAUUGCUGGUCUUGUUGCUAAUAGCAGGCUUGUGCUAAUUAGUAGGCCACACUCACGUAAUGGUGAGAGGGUAUCAGAAAAUAUUGGAAUAUAGCAACAACUGACUGUAUCUACAAAAAAAAGUACAGUCCCACAGGUUUAAAAAUACCCAGGAGUAAAAGGGGGUUUAGAUCAGGGGAAUGGAGACUCUUGUGAUUAAGGGCUAUACAAAUAAACUGAAUAAAAUGAGAGAGCAUCAAGGGUGUCCUGGGAAAUUAUCCAAUUUCACUAAAUUGGUCUGAAAAUUAUUUCAUAAUUAUAAUUUGUGUUUUUGUAAAUCUAUCUAUGCCAACAAUGUAUAGUGACGGGUAGAACAAUUACUGUAAAUGCUUUUUUCCAUUAGAUGGCAGAAGGUAAAAUAAACCUUGGUAUCCAAAUGUUGUCAUUCAUACAACAGAACAAGCCAUGGCAGCUUUGUGUUCAAUUAACAGGCCCAGAUUUUAGAAUGAGUAAAUAAAUGUGGGAGUAAAUUGAAACGACAUCGUCAGUAUUUCAGUCUUUGUACAUUUUGUGACAAUUUUGUUUGGUGGUAUUCUAAUUGGAGCCUCGGCUCAAUAAAGGUUGGGACACACUCCGAUAGUCUGUCCUAUGACUGUCAGGUCCGUCAGGUUGCUUGUGACGCCUCUCGCCUCUUCCAAGCACAGCCGACCUCCCCGUGACCUGUCUGAGGAGCAACGCACGUCCUCUCCGAACACAAAAGACAUCAUUGUUGCACCGUGCGCUCCAAAGAAGACGAGAGCUAGUCACAAGCUAGCGCAUGCGGUUGUUUGCGAGGGGCAUCGUACAUACAGUAAAGCUUUGUGACUGUGUCGAGGUCAGCGGCUGAUCCCAAGAAAUUGCGCUUUUUCUCAAGAGUGACUUCACACAUUUGUCCAUCCAUUUUCUACCGCUUAUCCGGGUCGGGUCGCGGGGGCAGUAGCUUUAGCAGGGACGCCCAGACUUCCCUCUCCCCAGCCACUUCCUCCAGCUCUUCUGGGGGGAUCCGAGGCGUUCCCAGGCCAGCCGAAGUGCGUAGUCUCUCCAGCGUGUCCGGGGUUGUCCCCGGGAUCUCCUCCCAGUGGGAAAUGCCCGGAACACCUCACCGGGGAGGCGUCCGAAUCAGAUGCCCCAGCCACCUCAUCUGGCUCCUCUCGAUGUGGAGGAGCAGCGACUCUACUCUGAGAUCCUCCCGGAUGACCGAGCUUCUCACCCUAUCUCUAAGGGAAAGCCCGGACAACCUGCGGAGGAAACUCAUUUCGGCCGCUUGUAUCCACAGUUCGUGACCAUAGGUGAGGGUAGGAACGUAGAUCGACCGGUAAAUCGAGAGCUUCGCCUUUCGGCUUAGCUCCUUCUUUACCACAACGGACCGAUACAAAGUCCGCAUCACUGCAGACGCUGCGCCGAUCCGCCAUUCUUCCCUCACUCGUGAACAAGACCCCAAGAUCCUUGAACUCCUCCACUUGGUCCUCUGCCUAACUAGUAUCCAAUGCUUUCUGCUAAGUCUUUUCUCAAAACACGCUGGUUCGAAGUGAUCAGCACAGAGUUUGGAAUGAUUGCUCGGCACCCAUAGCUGACCAUGUUUCUUCCCCUGUCGAUUGACUUUUCCUAUCCACUGGUCACGUAUUCCUUUUCCUUCCUUUCCUUGUUUUUGCCACUCCUGAACCAUUUGUACAACCAAAUGCUAAACAAUAAGCCAUUGUGAAAUCGCUAAAUCAUACGACAACAAAUCUACAAGGACGGGAACAACAGCAUGGAACAAUACCAGAUAAUGCCGAAUGAACAAGCUGUUUGGCUAUGGUGUUACGUCACAGCGCCGGAAAGAGCCGAUGACCGGAAGGCGCGUUCUGAAUCGUAUUUAUCGAUUUAACUGCUGUAUAUCUGUGAUAUAAUCACUUUGAAAUGGCAGAUGUGUUUUAUAAAGGGGUUUUAGAGUUAUCAAGAAAAGUAACAUAUUUUUCCUCUGACCUUUAUUACUGGGUUUGUGAAAUAAGAAAGUGCCAACUAAGCAGGCCCAAAAAAUGGCACGUAAAUUUGACACACCACAGAAAAGAGUGAUGUUAACAAGCCUGUCAAAUUUGAAUUCAUAACAUUCUCAGAAACUGUGGGCGUGUCGAAUGGAUGCGCCAAAAGGAAUCAAACAUACUGAGGGGGCGAUAGCUUAUACGAUGUAAAAUCACAUCAGGAGGCUCAACUUCAAAAUUGAAUGGUUAUUCUGGUGAAAGUUUACAAAACUAUCCGUCGUAAAAUGCCCACUGCAGAGUCAGGCGAUGGUGUUGAGGUUCAGCUCGCCAUCUGCGUGUCUUCAAAAAGUCCUUCCAUUGCCUUCUUAUUGCCUCAUUUUUGGGGCUCUUAAAAAAAACAACGAGCUGUUCUGUAAAUUGAGGCAUUGUUGUUGGUACGUGCUGCAGUGGUGUGGCACCUGGAAAAAGUGUACCGAUGAAGGUACCUCUAUUCUUGGGUAACAAGUGCAGUGGUACGAGAGCAAAAAAAAAAAGUGCACUUUUUGGCACUAAUGUCAUUCCUUUUUUGCAAUGCCCACUGUAUUCCGUGUCAUCCAACUCGCUAAUACGAAUUUUAUGAUUUCAUGCUUCCACCGCACAUGGCGCUUAUCCACCAAUGGGCCGCACGGAGAAAACAAAACAUCUUAAUUGUGUCGCUUGGUGUAAAUAGAGAAUUGACAACCUUUUAUCUUU